UAUCCGUUGGGUUGAAUCCUCAUAAAAAUGUCCGUUGGGUUCAAUGAUUGGAUAUAGAUAUUAGAUUGGCCAUGGCUUAACAACUAAAUGGGCCUCCCAACCGGCAUACUGGCCCAUUUAGUAUUUCUAUUGAAUCCUGAUUAUCACGACUCGCGAGCAUUUUUUCCGAUUAUCGGUUGCCGCCCAUGAAGGAGGAUCUAUCAGGCUCAGGUCCGUUGAGGUCUCGGACAUGGUGUAAAUAAUGAGAAGUCUAAGACUUGUUUCUCUUUGUCCUCUGCUGAAACGAUUCUCUUCGUUUGCUAAUGAACCCUAUCACCACCAAAUCUGCAAAUUCAGUUCCUGUGGCCCUCCGUACUCUUCUUCUUUCUGGGCGGGAAAAGACCCAACUGACUUUGCCGCGGCCCUGUCCCACUCUGAGAAUUCGAUGUCAUUAACUCUCGGAACCCAAGUCCACGGGCAUGUCAUGAAGUUGGGAUUUGCAGAGGACAUAUUUUCACAGAAUAAUCUGAUCAAAAUGUACAAAAAGUUUGGUGUUUUAGAUGAUGGGUUCAAGUUGUUCGACGAAAUGCCUUACAGAAAUCUUGUUUCUUGGACUUUGAUUAUCUCCGGUGCGAUUCAACUUGGUCACUUUGAAGUGGGCGUUGAGAUGUUUAUGGAAAUGACUAGGACUGGAUUGGUUCCAAAUGAGUUUGCUUUUGGCAGCGUCAUGAAGGCGUGUACUAGCAUGGGGGCCAGUGACUUUGGUUCGUGCGUUCAUUGUUUUGCAUUGAAAAUUGGGUUGGAAAUUAACCCAUUUGUGGGUUGUUCAAUCUUAAACUUUUAUGCAAAGUUGGGGGAUAUCGUAGCGGGAGAGAGGAUAUUUGAAGGUCUAAAUUAUGUUGAUAUUGGUUGUUGGAAUUCAAUGAUAGGAGGGUACGCGCAAUGUGGCUACGGACUUGAAGCCGUUAAUAUUGUAUCCUCAAUGAGAUGGGAUAGAAUAACCAUGGACAAAUUCACCUUCGUUAAUGUUCUACAGGGAUGCACGGACCUGGGUGAUAUGGAUAUUGGGAAACAGAUUCAUGGAUUGAUCCUUAGAAGUGAGAUGGAAUUCGAUACUUCAGUAAUGAAUGCUCUUAUGCAUAUGUAUUUUGAAAAUGGUGGAAGGAACUCCGCCUGGAAAGUUUUUAGAAGGAUGCUUAAUAAGGAUGUUGUAUCAUGGAAUACUGUAUUUGGUGGGGCUUGUCAAUAUGAGGAUUCUGGAGAAGUUGCAAGGUUGUACCAUGAGUUCAUUGGGACUGGUAUGAGACCUAACUAUGUUACUUUCUCAGGAUUAUUCAGACGAUGUGCACAAUUAUGUGACCUUAAUCUCGGCCUUCAGUUUUUUUGCCAUGCAUUAUGUUUUGGAUUCUUUAAUGAAUAUACUGUUGCAUGCUCACUGAUUAAUAUGUUCGCUCAGUGUGGGACAAUGGAGAUGGCAUGCUUGGUAUUUGAAAGCGGACUAUUAACAGAUAUAACCCCUUGGAAUGAGUUGAUUUCGGGGCACAAUCUAAAUUACCAUGAAAUUGAAGCUCUGCAGAUCUUCUGUAAGUUGUGGGAGUUGGGAGUUGAAGCAAAUGAAUUCACCUUCUGCAGCAUUUUGGAAUCUUGUUCUAGAUCUGAGGACUGGCAAAUGUGUAGACAAAUUCAUGCUGCUAUAAUUAAGUCAGGGUUUGUUUAUCAGGGAUAUGUUUGUAAUUCAUUAGUUGAAUGCUAUAUUAAGUUAGGCCUAUUAGAUGAGUCAUUUAAGCUCUUUUGCUGUAAUGAGAAAUUAGAUAUUGCAUGCUGGGGCAUGAUGGUAUCUGCAUUAGUGCAUCAAGGAUAUAGUUGUGAAGCAAUCAGGUUUCUUAGGUUUAUGAUUGAUGCAGGCGAGAAGCCUGAUGAGUUCGUGAUGGGCAGCAUUUUCAAUAGUUGUGCUGAAAUUGCAGCUUAUCAACAAACUAUAUGUGUUCAUCCAUUUGUGAUUAAAAUGGGAUAUGAUGCAAAUGUAUUUGUUGCUAGUGCAGUAAUAGAUGCUUAUGCAAAAUGCGGUGACAUUGGAAGUGCGAGGAUGGCUUUUGAUCAGUCAUAUUGUUCCAAUGACCUGAUCACAUACAAUACAAUGAUUAUGGCAUAUGCACGUGAUGGUCUUGUCUCAGAAGCUAUGGAUAUAUUUGAGACAAUGAAGUUGGCCAAUUUACAGCCCAGCCAAGCUACAUUUGUUUCUCUUUUAUCGGCUUGUGGACAUAGGGGUCUUGUUGAUCAAGGUCGUCUGUUAUUUGAAUCAAUACACUUAGAUUAUGGAUUGGUUCCAUCUCCAGAAAAUUAUGGUUGCUUAGUCGACAUGCUGUCUCGAAAUGGAUAUCUUGAAGAAGCCAAACAUAUAAUUGAAGUGAUGCCAUUUCCACCUUGGCCUGCCAUCUGCAGAUCCCUGCUUAGUGGUUGUCGAAUACAUGGAAAUAGAAAAUUGGCAGAAUGGGGUGCUAAGAAACUACUUGAGCUAGUUCCCAAGAACAAUGCAGCUUAUAUAUUGUUAACCAAAGUUUAUUCGGAAAGGAACAGUUGGGAAGAUGUUGCAAAGGUGCAAAGGAUAAUGAUGGAGAGCAGGAUUUCAAAAGAUGCUGGAUGUAGUUGGAUUCAAACGUAAUUAAGGAUUCUGACCAGUAUACUGGUUGAAAUUUAUCUGACACAGAUGUCUUUUAGCCAUCUAAUGUCAGACGACUGCAUCUUGGUUGCAAAUAUUUGGGAAUCAAUUCUAGGACAUCCUUAAUUCCGCCUUGGGCAAAAAGAGCUCCAUUUUCAGCAUAUAAAGGCUAGCAGGAUAAAUCGGAUUCUGAUCCUGCUUGAGAAGAACUUUUUGACUUCUAUUGUGCAGCAGAAAAUGAAGAAAUCGAGUUGUUGGAGAUGUUUCUUUCCUGAGGAAUGUUGGGGUAAAAAUUUGAAGCCAUGGGAAUCAAAUGAUUGGCACUGAAGCUGCCUUGGACCCAGUUUAAGUGGCAAGGUUCACAGUCCGCACCUUCAUAUUGAAUUGACCCAGGUACCAAGUAGAGAAUCCCUCAUAGCCUUUUUAACAAAGCAAUGAGUUGGAUCCAGCAUUGGCACUGCUUCUUCAAUACUCUCUGUAAAAAUAUUUCAAUUUGGAUUGCUAAAUUCAGUAUCUUCUUUGUGCUUGGAUUAUCGUGGAGUCAUUGUUUUCUUAUCAUCUUGGACAGGUGUUAAAUUCUGGAUACAAACUGGGAAGAGGCCAACAGCUCUUCUGCAUCUAAAGCAUAUUUAUUUAUUAGAAAGGAUAUACUUUCUUUUAUACAGAAGCCAGAGAGACUGAUUUCAUUUUCACAGUUCAAGGUGGGACAAGAUGUAAUAGGCAACAAGGUAGAUCAACGGAAAAGGGCUGGAUUUGUCAAUGAAAUUCUCUGAGAAUUCUGGAGGGGCUCUCACGGUAUAUUCUAAUGUAUCUUAAUGCAUUCACAUCACGCUUCGAGUCAUCUAUCUCAAUUCAUCGUUGCCUUCGCCAUUGAAUUCACAUUGGUGUUGCUGCUCACACUUCUCGCUUGGCUGCAACCCACAUCGCUGGCAAUUGUAGGUGGAAUCUAUGCUGCUAUAAUUUAUUUCUACCUUCUCCAGAAAAGCAGAGACUACAUACGCUGAAACUUGAAAGGUAGCAGAAGAUAUAAAUCACCUCCCCCAUUUUAAAAAUUCUUCUCACUACUGUGUUGUCAAUAUAGCUAACUGGAGACUGAAUAUCUAUGCAUUACAUUGCUGCACUGCUAUUCCAGCAUACUUGUUAGGCAUCAGCACAUAACUGGAGGGAAAUUAUAAAGCAUUUGUCAUUGUCA